UUCCAGCGCUCGCUCUCAAGCCCCCCUCUCACUUACCCAGGACGCGCUGCUGCACAGCUAGGGCCAACGGUAAUCACUCCUUUCGUGCAGCACCCCUGCACACACGCUUGAGCACACGCGUGUGUGAGAUCCCGCCGUGGCACCUCCCUCUGUCUAUACUCUACUGCCGCUGUGCCAAUGCCGCAAUUUGGCCGCCGGCUCUCGGCAUCAUCUACUCCGGCGGCGAGACGAAGUGCAAUCGCUGCAACCCGUCGCUCGUCGGCCUUUUGCCAAGAACGACGUCCAGCCGAAUACCGAGACGGAGCCCAAGAUCCACCCGAUGCUGCUGCUGCUGCCCCCGCCGAGGAGGACUUCAAGCGCCCCCGCGCCGUGUCGCCAUCUGCUCUUUCCCCCGGCGGGCCUGAAGUCGACGACCUUGUUGCUGCUGCUGCUGCUGCUGCCUCCAAGGAGCCUGCGGCGGCGACCGUUCUUGCUGGUCCUGGUGGCUAUCUCUGCUCCUCCACCCGCUUGAUGAUGGAGAAGGCUGCUCCGGCAGCCCGCGAGCAGGACUGGCAGGGCGUCGGCUCCAGGGGCUAUGUCCGCGCUCGAGCGCCGUGCUUUCAGCCGGAGGAGCGGAAGGAGCGGGACGUGGAGGAUCAGAUCACCUGUCGGUAUGAAAACAACAAGCGAUUCUUUGGAUGCGGCCUCACGACGGCGCAUUGCGAGGAACAGCAGCAGCAGCAGCAGCAGAGCAAAGGGGGAGCCGCCCUGCUGCUACGAAACAACUCCAGCGUAUCGUCCACCAUGUCGGAGCCCGUGGAUAUCCCGGGGGCGAGAACCACCAGCAGCAGCGUCGAGAGCGGUGGCGGUGCGGCAGCCGAUGAGGAAGGAUGGGUCUCGCUGUGGAACACGUACACCAGGCUAUUCCCCGGGACCUUCACCGGAUGCAGCCCCCCCAGGUCCACGCCCCCUCUCGACUCCCCCCUGUACGCCGCUUCCCCGCGGGCGCCGCCGCCGCCGAUGGACGCCUCCCCGAGUAGGAGGAACAAGGCUUCGGGUACGGCAGGAACACCGGACGUCCGCGGCGGCGGCCUAUUGCCGGCGGCAAGGGCAAGCGGCGGGUAUCCGUUGCCCCCGGCAACGCCCGAGAGCGGCAGCGGCAGCCGUCUCCGGACAACGGCGACGGUGCGCCGCCGCCGCCGCCGCCUCAACCAGCGCCGCCCUUCGACGGCGGCGGUGCCGACGAGCCCCGGCGGCGGCGGCGGCGACGCGUCCUUGCCGGGAGAAAACGAUGCCGCCGCCACCGUUGCCGCCACCGGCGGCGGCUGCGCGAAAACGGACCCGGGUCCUUCCCUUCCGGCAUUAUCUACACCACGACCCGACGGCUGGUUCUCCUGCCACCAGUAUCAGCAGCCGGGGGAGGAAGAGGUGGUCGGACAUGUUGACGAAAUGCUGCUAGACGACGAUGACGGCGACGACGACGACGAGGUGCUACCUCGGGGUUACUCCUGGGGACGGCUCUCCCUGAUGCCGCUGGAGGAGGCGGGGCGGAAGCUCGGCACGUUCUCGGCAAAGGGCUUCUCUACGGGCGGCGGCGGCGGUGGCGGCGACGGAAGAGGUUGCCUUGACGUUAGCGUCUGCCAAGAGGGCGGCGGCGGCUGUGCUGCUGUUAACUCCGAAGACGACUUGGACGAUAAUUCUGAUGCGGACCUUGAACUGUCAGAAGGGCUCAUGUUCGACCUUGAGAUGUAGUGCUAGUGGUUGGCUUUUCCGGGCGAGGGUCUCGCACUCGUUAGUUACUGGCAUCCGAUCAGUCAGUUGGGUAAAAACGGUUAUGGGAGAGGGGUUGGAAGAAGUCCAAGGUCAUGGGGGUGCAGCCGCGAGUUGGAUUAGUCGCACGGCAACCCGAAACGGGUGUGCUGGCGCCAACGUCUUGAGGAGCGUUUAGAGGCUUGAAUCGCUGCGUUCGGCGCUGUUACCUUCACCUUUUCCGACUAGCACCUGUUUCGGGUGCCCCGUCUGCGUGACGCGACAUGCGGUUCGCACGUUUUCUUUUUUAAAUUUCCUGCGGGCUUUUUGUUUUCUGUUCUUUUUUUUUUGGUAGCGGGCCAUCCUCCGUGUUUCGUGACUUAUUUUACACCCCAGCAGGACCUGGGGUUGUCAUUUAAUCACGGCUGAUGCUAGCCACGCGCUCUUCAUCUUUGGUUGAAUGUUCUUCUUGACCGUCCGGCCAGGUAGUAUAGGUAGGGAGGCAGCGGGGGGCUCCGAAGGGAGCGCC